UCCGAUUUCAGGCUUUAGCUGAGUUGGCUGUAAGAAACUUUCUUUGCUGCUGUUGCAAGGCUUAUGUGAGGGUGAAUUUUUGCUGAUUCUAUCUUGGACACUGGUUUUAUAAUCAGGUUUACUUUAUUCAUGGAUAAAAGACACUGAUGCCAUGGCUGAAGACUCAGAAACAAAACAUGGAAACAAGAAUGGCAAGAAAGAGGGCGUUUCUGGAAGUUCAUUUUUUACGUGGUUUAUGGUAAUUGCACUGCUGGGAGUAUGGACAUCAGUUGCAGUGGUUUGGUUUGAACUUGUAGAUUACGAGGAAGUCCUAGGAAAACUUGGAAUCUAUGAUGCUGAUGGGGAUGGUGAUUUUGAUGUGGAAGAUGCCAAGAUUUUGCUAGGACGGCCACCUGGAGGGGUAGUCAAGAAGAAAGCUAAAGCCGGAGCAAAAGAGAUCAAAGAACCAGCAAGGAAAGAGAAGCAAGAAUUAAAGAAGGAAAGCAAAGAUGAAGAAAAGAAGAAAUUGAAGAGGAAAACUGAUGACUUGGACAAAAAAGAUAAAAAAGCUGCUGACAAAGCCAAGAGAGAUAAAAAGGCUGAAAAGGAGAGAUCAGGGCUAGACAAAGCUGUCAAAAAUAAAGGAACAGCAAAGGAAUUAGAUAGUGGCAAAGAUAAAGAUAUGAAAAAGAUAGCUAAGAACCUUUAUAGAGUGUCUGAGAGUUCAGCAAAGGGAGAAGAGAAGAGAAAAAGAGUAAAGGGAUAAUAUUUUCCAUAACUGAAUGAUCGCGAGAGAACUAUUGGUCGUGAGAAAAUAAUGCACAAGGGAAAUUUUUAUGAAUUUGUUGGAAUAAACAAAAAUUACAAAGCUUUUGCAGAAAUAGCCUUAGUAUAUUGUAUGUCUUGACUACUAUGAAAUUCCACUUUGUACAUAGUGUAUCUGAUCAUUAACUCUUCUACAUUCUUAUUGUACUGAGAUCAGUUAUCCUUGUUUUUGGUACCUUAUCUGACACUUAAGGCUAAUAAAGGA